AUGGGUUGCGUUGGGGCUGUAGCGUGGCAAGGGGCAGAACCCGGGCUGCAGCAUAGCUCGCCAGCUUCCCUGGAUUUUGCUGACGACACAGGAUUGCUUUGCCUGAAGAUGGAAACACUGGAGUCGGAACUGACCUGCCCAAUCUGUCUGGAGCUCUUCGAAGACCCGCUGCUUCUGCCGUGCGCCCACAGCCUGUGUUUCAGCUGCGCCCACCGCAUCCUGGUUUCUCACUGUGCGUCGAACGAGAGCGUGGAGUCAAUUGCUGCCUUCCAGUGCCCGACGUGCCGUUAUGUCAUUGCCCUCAACCACCGCGGUUUAGAGGGGCUGAAGCGUAACGUCACUUUACAGAACAUCAUCGACCGCUUUCAGAAGGCAUCCACGGUCAGUGGUCCCAACUCCCCGGGCGAGAGCCGGCGCGAGCGCCCCUUCGACGGCAGCGCCAUGACUGCGGUGGAGCGCAUCCCGUGCCAGUUCUGCGAGCAGGACCCCCCGCGGGCGGCUGUGAAAACCUGUGUGACCUGCGAGGUCUCCUACUGCGACGGGUGCCUGAAGGCCACCCACCCGAGCAAGAAACCUUUCACCGGGCACCGGCUCAUCGAGCCCGUGCCCGACUCGCAUCUCCGUGGCCUCAUGUGCCUGGAGCACGAGAGCGAGAAGGUCAACAUGUACUGCGUAACCGACGAGCAGCUCAUCUGUGCUCUCUGCAAGCUGGUGGGGCGUCACCGAGACCACCAAGUGGCAGCACUCGGAGAUCGCUUUGAGAAAAUAAAGGAUAUGGGCAUCCCCAGCCAGGCCAGCAUUUAUUGCCCAUCCAGAAUUGCCCAGGAGGCAGUUGUGAGUCAACCACAUUGCUGUAGACCUGGAGUCACUCAGCAAAGUUUGGAGUCGAAUUUGGCCAGUUUAAUUAAGAGGAACAAUGAGCUGGAAACACUAAUGGGAAGAUUAAUUCAGACUUGUCAACAUGUAGAGGUGAAUGCAACACGUCAAGAAGACAAACUAACUGAAGAGUGUGACCAAUUGAUUGAAAUCAUUCAGCAAAGAAGGCAAAUCAUUGGCACAAAAAUCAAGGAAGGAAAGGUCGUACGAUUGCGGAAAUUGGCCCAGCAAAUCGCAAACUGCAAGCAGUGCAUUGAACGAUCAGGCUCCCUCAUCACUCAAGCAGAGCAGACACUGAAAGAGACUGAUCACGCUCGCUUCCUGCAGACAGCUAAAAAUAUCUCUGAAAGAGUAUCCAUGGCAACUGCAUCUUCUCAAGUGCUCAUCCCAGAAAUCAACCUAAAUGAUACAUUUGACACAUUUGCAUUAGACUUUUCCCGAGAGAAGAAGAUGCUGGAGAGCCUUGAUUACCUCACAGCUCCAAAUCCACCGGCUAUCCGAGAGGAGCUAUGCACUGCCUCACAUGACACGAUCACAGUUCACUGGACCUCUGACGAUGAAUUCAGCGUGGUGUCGUACGAGCUUCAGUACACCAUCUUCACUGGCCUGGCCAAUGUUGUUAGUUUGUGUAGCUCGGCUGACAGCUGGAUGAUUGUCCCGAAUAUCAAGCAGAACCACUACACGGUGCACGGGCUGCAGAGUGGCACCAAGUACAUCUUCGUCGUCAAGGCUAUAAACCAGGCCGGCAGCCACAACAGCGAACCCUACAGGCUCAAGACCAACAGCCAGCCAUUCAAGCUGGAUCCCAAAUCCGCGCACAAGAAGCUGAAAGUCUCCCACGACAACCUCAGUGUGGAACGGGAUGAGACCACCUCGAAGAAGAGCCACACUCCAGAGCGGUUCACCAGCCAAGGGAGCUAUGGGAUAACUGGCAAUGUCUACAUCGAUAGUGGCCGUCAUUACUGGGAGAUCCUCAUUGGAGGAAGCACAUGGUAUGCGAUUGGGAUCGCCUACAAGUCAGCACCAAAACACGAGUGGAUUGGGAAGAACGCCUUCUCCUGGGUUUUCUGCCGGUGUAAUAAUAGCUGGGUUGCAAGGCACAAUAGCAAGGAGAUACCUGUGGAGCCCUCGCCCCACCUCCGACGCCUGGGUCUUUUACUGGACUAUGACAAUGGAUCUUUGUCCUUCUACGAUGCUGUUAAUGCUCAGCACCUGUACACCUUUGACAUUGCAUUUGUUCAGCCUGUGUGCCCCACCUUCACUGUGUGGAACAAAGCCCUCACAGUCUUAACGGGGCUCCCUAUACCGGAUCACCUGGAUUGCACAGAACAGGUACCUUAGGCAGGGUGUGGUGAUUGAGGACGGCAGUUCCUGGCCUUUUCAAUGGGAGUGCAUUGCACAGUUGACUGGAGCUGCCUUGUCCAAUCAGACUUCAUCUCAGUGUCCAGCUCCAGCUGGAAGUUAAAACAAAAUGUGUGCUAUCCUCCGCGCACCCCCCCCCCCCCCCCCGACCCCCAAUCAGUGAGCUCCCACCUGGGUAUAUUUUCCUCUUUCUCUCGGCUGCCCUUUUUAUUUGUGUCCUUUUUUAAGGUGGCCGAUUCGGGUCAGAAAUUGAGAUCAGAAAGCUCAUCAAUCAGGCUCUUCCUCUGAUUUGUCUCGUUUAUCCCUGUCAUGGGCAGCAGGACUGCAUUGCCCUCCUCAGAAACAGAGAUCUAAUUGAUCCCAGUUGUGGAAUGCAGCAAUUUUUCACUUCAAUGAACCCCCAGUAGGAGUUUGUGAAGCCUGCUUGGGAAAUCUGCUCGUGCAGUUCAAUAGUUUGAGGCAGGGCGACAGUCAGCCUCCUGAGCUGCUUCCAACAUUUUUCCACCAUUGUUGGUGUGUCCAGACCCAAACUACUUCCCUCUCUCUUCCUGAUCGAACUCUGCUGAAUCCAAUCCCUUUGAUGCCAAACAGGCCCACACAGACUUCCAGCUGACCAACCUAUUGGGUCUGUUCAGAGUAGGCAAGAACUGCAGAUGCUAGAGUCAGAAACAACACAGCGUGCAGCCCCAAAACUUCAACUUUCCUGCUCCUCUAGUGCUGCCUGGCCUGCUGCGUUCCUCCAGCUCCACACCAUUUGGUCCAUUGUUAGUUUUAUUUCAAUUCAUUUAUCCCCUUCAAAACCAGAAGUCAGGUGUUGGAUAUGGUCAUCCUAUCUGACCAUCUUUCUCAAAUGCAGGGUAUCUCGGCUGAAAGUCCAAUAUCAUGCAGAAUUGAAGGCUGAUUUGGGUCAGUGGUUGUCACGUUGGGUGAAAUUGGUCUCAUCCAGUCACAGAUAAAGCUGCCACCUGUUGUUUUCGAGCACUCUCAGAUGCCCAAAUCUGCAGCGUUUUCUUUUUGAGACGGUUAAUUUCCUGUAGCAACUGACAGGUCAGAACCCGCAUUUUGUCCCCAUUGUUUUCUCAGUCAGGACUUUUAACAAUGUCAACACAAUGUGAACUUGAACCAUUCACUGUUGUACACAUUUUUUCUUCUUGCUGAACAAUUCUCAGCCCUUUUACCAAUGGGAGUGAGCCGUGGGAAUAAUAAUUCCAUCUUUACAGCUCCUUUAUAUGGAGCUUCGGAAUGGAGGAAAGUUGGCUAAUUGAGGGCAUUCAUGAAGUGUGAAUCCAGUGCCCAUUAGUCUUCAUCCCAGGAGUAUCUUUAGCUCAAGGUAACAACGGACAAUCUAGCCUGCAUUUUCUCUCACCACACAUUCAUGUUUACUUUUAUAUUCACUUUAUACCCGGAGGAAAUUAUACCCAGUAAUGUUCCACGUGUGACUCUAACACUCCUUUAUUUUGUACUUACUCAUAUAGGGGGAUUUAUAAAUUAUUUAUGUGAAAUUUUUUUUUGGACUAAAAUUGUAGAACUCUUUGCUUUUGCACAUUCAAUGUUUACUAUCGUAUUUAUGUGUUGGUGAUUCGUUGGGGAUUUGAAAUAUAUGAAAAGAAAAUUUAGAGAGAAACUAUGGAUUUCCCAACAGUACUGUCAAGAACUUCUGUAUUGAUUAACAGGAUGUUGCCCUGGACACAGUGUGCAGUGAAUGGUAAGGUUCAUUCGAUUUGUAAAUCGUCCUCCAGACACAGCAAAUGUGCUGCCGAAACCAAACCGAGCUGAUCUGGCCUUAAAGAGACAAUAUCCUGUUUAUACACAACUGCACACAGAGGUGAACCUCGCUGGUGCCUCUGCAUAGAGGUUUUUCCAUAUCCAAUAUCUGGUACUCGGACCUGAUUUCGGUGGUCAAAUUGGGAACCUGUUCUCUUUAGUGGUACGUGACUAUGUCAUCAGAGUGUGAAAUUGUAAGUUGGUUUAAGUAAUUGCCAUGGGGCAUUUGUAUUAUUGGCCGGGUGCAAUCAGUUUAGGGCACCACAUCUCAAAUGGUGUACAGGCCUCAGAAAUCAGCUGAAUUUGUCGGAAGACAAGGGUUAAAUUAGCAGGAUGGGCUGCAUAGACUUGGAUGUAUUUUCCCAGAGCUUUUGAAGUUUGAGAAUCAUUGAACUGGAAGUUUAUAUUCAUUUGGUAUAGUGACUAAAAAGCAACUGUGAGGAGUCCAGGACCAGAGGACAGAAUCUGGAGAUUAACCAUAGGCCAUCUAGGGCUGGAAUUUUGCCUCGCAAAACGUGGUGGAAAUCUGAAAUACUGUAACUCAAAAGGCUGUCAAUACUGGGGGGGGACGAAUUGAGAUUUUCAAAACUGAGAUCGUUCAGUUCUUGUUGGGUCAGAGGACUGACGGAUAUGACUCAAGAGAUGGUAAAUGGAAUUGAGAUACAGGUCAAGUGUGAUUUAACUGAACGACCAAACAGAUUAGAGGGGCUGAAUGGCCUCUUGUCCCUAUGUGUAUGUAUUAUAAAUACCUUGUUAUUGCAGCUCAUCGAACAUCAUUACAGGAUAAACCAUUAUAAACAUUAUAAAACAUUGUAAACCUUUCGGUCAGGAUUUAAAGGGAUAUUGCCUCUUUAAAGUCCUCUCAACCUUAAAUUAAUCCAGUGUUCACUUGUACCACUACUGUGAGAAUUUGACAUGUAGGGCUUGUUGCAUUUUUCAUUUAGGGAUUUUCAAAAAGAGUCAAUUCAGAAAUGGAAUAUGAAUGUUGCUUGAAAAUACAGUUAUGUCUCAUUGCAGAAUUGAGCAUAUUUCUGUGCCUUCUGUGCCUCUGUUUCAAUAACCCGGUGACAAUUUCCGUAAAACUGAGGUGGUUUGUCUGACUUGGGCCAAAGUUGCUGCUCCAAGGACAAAGGUACUAGGUUACAAGAGAAUCUCUGAAAUGAGACAGCACACGAGACAUUAUGAGGGAAAUAUACUAAUGUCGGUGUUGCACUGCAAACAGUUUUUUCUUUGAAAAGCUGAGCAUUGAAUGUUGCCACUGUUGUUGCAAGUUUUCAUGGGAAAUGGUUCCUUACUGAUUGAUUGAUUAUUUUUUGGACGAAGGAAGAUGAGUAAAAAAGAAAAUGCUGUCAGAAGUCCAAGAACUUUGCAAACUGGUAUUAAAAAGGCAAGACAAAUGGACUUAAACGUAUCCAGUUACAAAUCCCGCAUGUAAUUGAACUCUUGGGAAUGAAUGCAAGGUGCACUGUGGCAUGUCAGGAUGCCGAGUUCAGGCAUUGAAGCAGGUAACACAAUCUGUUCAUAGAUGACGUCACAGUGACCUCUAUUUGACUAUGCUGGUUACUGCGUGGAAAGGCACAUUAUCCUCUGCUAAUAAGUGGAGCUUCUGGACCACAAACUGCAACAGUCACUUCAAGCUGGACUACAAAAUGAGCCAUUCAGUACGAGCCAACACAUUCCUUCCUGUGGACUGCUAACAAUUAGCAUGCUCGGUAAUGAAGUCGACAUUUGGACAAUUGCAUUGCCCUCCACUGUGGAGACUGCUCUGUUGUUCGCUCUGUUGUUUUUCUUCAGCUUAGAUGCAGCUCAGUGGCUGGAGGGACAUUUUCAUGUAAUUAGCGUCAACAGACACACUCCACCACCAGCUUGAUUUUGUUUUUUUUGUUCUUUAUGAUUUUAAUGAAGCAGCCUCUGUUUUUUUAAAUUUUGCAGUACUGAAUUCAAUGCCUGAUUCCAGAAUAAAAGACUAUUCAUGUCGA